AUGGCGCAAUCAGGUGUCGAACAACCACCGUCGAAUGGCGAAAAGGCGCCUCCUCCUGAACCGCGCAAAUUCAAGGCUUCAGAUCUUCCUCUACCUUCGGCUACAAGAGCAGCAAUAGAAUCGCUUGCCCAUAGCUUCAAGAAAGAGGGAGCCUACGAUUCUAUUCGAAAGCAAGUUUGGGACAAGUUUGAAGCCAGCGAUUACGAGGCUCAGGUCACGAAAUCGAUUCUCGAGGUGGCCGAGCAGGAAAUUGAGCGCAACCCACAGCAGCUUCUCACACUUGAUCGGAGAAAGGCUGCGGCUCUAAUUGAUGGCGCCCUAGAGAGAUCUGGGGUUUAUCACAAAGCAGAAGAUGUCAUUAGCCAGCUGAUCGAUGUGGGCGCCAUAGAGGAGCGAAUCCGCGAAACACGCCGGGCCGAAGUCGGCGAGGAAGCAGCUGAGGCAGAAAAGCUUCGGGGCGCCAAAACAGACGAAGAAUAUGAGGCCGAGACUGAGGCUCGACGUGCGGAACGCGAAAAAGUUCGGGAAGAGCUGCGACAAAAAGAGGCUGCAAUCGAGGAGGAGAAACGAAGAAUCCUUAAAGAGGAACGAAAGAAGGAAGAGCGAGAGCGAGAGAAAGCCGAAAUUAAACGCCAGGAAGAAAGAGAUGAGCGUCGCCGAAAGCGUGAACAAGAGCGCGAGGAGCGUGAAAGACUCCGCGAUAUUGAAAGAGAAAAGCGACACAAAGAGCGCGAGCGCGAGCGUGACAGGGACCGAGACCGUGAUACAAGGGAUAGGGACAGGGACAGGGACAGGGACCGAGACAGAGAUCGCGACCGAGACCGUCAUCGUGAUCAUGACAGGCAUAGGGAUGAUCGCCACAAGGAGAAACCAGCGGCCUCUACAGAGCUGAAGGAGAAACUCUCCAAAGAAGAACACGAUCGACUGGAGCAAGAGGCUCUGGCCGAUUUACUCCGCGAAAGCUCUAAGCCAGCCCAAAAGCAAGAGUUGGAGAUUGAUUCAUCCCUCGCACCGCCACCACGCAAAACAGGACCUGUUUCGGCCAUCAACCCGAUCAGGCGAGAACGUUCGUCGAUUGCAGAGGGCCGCAAAGCCAGCGAUGCAGGGCUCGGAGCUGAACGUGACGGCCAUGGAACACCUGCACAGACCAAGAGAACUGAAGCGGACGACCGAAAGCCGAGACGUAGUGCUUCUCGGAUCGUCGACCGCGAUGGGGAUCGCGAGAGAGACAGAGAGCGUGAUCUGGGUCGCGUAUUCGGGACAGACGUGACAGAAGCCGGUCUCGAGCUAGAAGGGAGAGGACUCGUUCGCGGACUGGCAGAGAGGACCGUGCGGUUAGAAGCCGAUCGCGACCCAAGUAUGACCACUACGAGCGAAGCAGAUCCCGAAGACGUGAUCGUAGCCGUUCUCGACCUAGAGUGGUUGAGCGAAGAGAGAGAAGCCGAUCAAGACCUAGACCCGAGCGCCGAGAUCGAAGCAGAGACAGAAGGGACCGCUCACGACUGCGCUCUGAUAGACGGGAAAGGAGUCGUUCCCGCACUCGACGUGACCAAAGCAGGUCUCACGACACUCGUCUUGGUGGAGCUGACCAUUAUGAUCCUCGAGAAAGAGACCGUGAACGAGACAGAGAUCGACUUCGUGACCGAGAGCGCGACCGCGAGAGAUCUCCUCUGA